ACAUUUCACUCUCACCCUGUUGCAAUGGACACUCUCCCCACAACACAAUUGAAAACUGUCACAGAUGCCUUUGACUAUAAGGGUUUCCCGGCAGAGAAAUCUAAAACCGGUGGUUGGACUUCAGCUUCCAUGAUAUUAGGAGGAGAAGUGAUGGAGAGGUUAACGACACUUGGAAUCACGGUGAAUUUGGUGACAUAUUUAACAGGUACAAUGCAUUUAGGGAAUGCUGCCUCUGCAAACAUAGUUACAAACUUCGUAGGAACAUCGUUUAUGCUCUGUUUGUUCGGUGGCUUUCUAGGCGACACAUACGUUGGAAGAUACCUCAACAUCGCUGUCUUUGCAGCCGUUCAAGCAACCGGUGUUGCACUCUUGACGAUAUCAACUAUAAUUCCAAGCUUAACUCCUCCAAUAUGCACGGAACAUACACAUUGUGUGAAAGCAAACCACAAACAGUUAAUGGUUCUGUUUUUAGCGCUUUAUGUCACGGCGCUAGGCACCGGCGGUUUGAAAUCGAGUGUCCCUGGCUUUGGUUCAGACCAGUUUGAUGCUACUGAUAAAGAAGAGAAUAAGCAAAUGAUUAAGUUUCUCAAUUGGUUCUACUUUUUUGCAAACAUAGGAUCUUUGAUGGCAGUGACAGUUCUUGUUUAUAUACAAGAUCAUCAAGGUAGAGAUUGGGGUUAUGGUAUUUGUGCUUGUGCUAUUCUCAUAGCACUUGUUGUGUUUUUAUGCGGAACCAGUAAGUAUCGAUAUAAGAAGCCGGUAGGUAGUCCGUUGACUCAGAUUGCGGUUGUGUUCGUGGCCGCUUGGAGGAAGAGGAACCUGCAAUUGCCCUCUGAUUCUGCAUUUCUCUUUAAUGAUGAUGACGUCUUACAUGAACCGCCGAAGAUCAAGAAGCAGAGGCUACCACACAGCAUGCAGUUUCGCUUCUUGGACAAGGCGGCAAUCAAGGACUCGGAAAAUACUGUUGGAAUCAUGAAGAUUAAUAAGUGGUAUCUUUCUACUUUAACAGAUGUAGAAGAAGUGAAAUUGGUGUUGAGAAUGCUCCCUAUAUGGGCAUCAACGAUUGUGUUUUGGACAGUUCAAGUUCAAAUGAUGACACUCUCCGUAUCACAGGCGACCACUAUGGAUCGCCACAUUGGAAAAUCAUUUCAAAUCCCAGCGGCAUCAAUGACAUGCUUCUUAAUUGGAACUAUUCUCCUAACCGUCCCUUUCUACGAUCGUAUCAUUAGUCCAGUCGCAAGGCGAGUGCUUAAAAAUCCACAAGGGCUAACCCCUUUACAACACACUGGAGUUGGUUUAGUCCUUUCCAUUUUAUCUAUGGUUGCAGCAGCUCUUAUUGAAGAAAAACGAAUAAUAUUCGCACGAUCACAUGGUUUAGCGAACAAUCCCAAUGCAAAGAUCCCACUAACAGUUUUCUGGUUGGUUCCGCAAUUUUUCAUCGUGGGGGCUGGUGAGGCCUUUAUGUAUAUGGGACAACUCGACUUCUUUCUGAGAGAAUGUCCAGACGGAAUGAAAACUAUGAGCAUGGGACUAUUCUUGAGCUCGAGAUCUUUAGGAUUUUUCUUCAGCUCUUUAUUAGUGUCUACAGUGAAUAAAUUAACAGGUCCAAGUAAUCCAUGGAUUGCAAAUAAUCUUAACCAAGGGAGGCUUUAUAAUUAUUACUGGCUUUUGGCUAUGUUGAGUGUUAUAAAUUUGUUCAUAUAUUUGGCUUGUGCAAAAUGGUAUGUGUACAAGGAUAAGAAGCUUGCUGAAGAAGUCAUCAUGGAAGAGUAA